CCCGCCCGCGCAGGCGCAGCGCCGCGCUCGGGGCCAAGAUGGCGGCCGGCAGCUCCUCACGCUGGUUCAGGGCCGCUGCUGCCGCCGGCAGGAGCUGCGGGCCGGGGAACGGGCGGUUGCCGUUCCUCUGGCUCGUCCGAGGGCUCGGCGGCCCGCUGCCUCCCGCCGCCGCCGCCGCCGCCGCCGCUGCCCGCCGCCGCCGCCUCCCCCUCCUGCCGCUGUGCGCCGCGGGGACCCACCGCGCCGCCGCCGCUUCCUUCCACAGCAGCGCCGCGGCCCGCGCCAAGGAGGACUAUUACCAGGUGCUGGGGGUGCCCCGCACCGCCACCCAGAAGGAGAUCAAGAAAGCCUACUACCAGCUGGCAAAGAAAUACCACCCUGAUACAAAUAAGGAUGACCCUAAAGCUAAAGAGAAGUUCUCUCAGUUGGCAGAAGCCUAUGAGGUAUUAAGUGAUGAAGUGAAGCGGAAACAAUAUGAUGCAUAUGGCACGGCUAGUUUUGAUCCUGGCGCGGCAGGUGCCGGUGCUGGGCGGCAGUACUGGAGCAGUGGUCCAUCAAUUGAUCCGGAAGAGCUUUUCAGAAAAAUCUUCGGAGAGUUUUCGGGAUCCCCUUUUGGCGAUUUUCAGAAUGCCUUUGACCAGCCACAGGAGUAUAUCAUGGAACUGACAUUCAACCAAGCUGCAAAAGGGGUUAACAAGGAGAUUGUGGUGAAUAUCAACGACUCCUGCGAGCGAUGCAAUGGUAAAGGACACGAACCUGGUACCAAAGUGCAGCGCUGUCACUACUGCAGCGGCACUGGCAUGGAGACGAUAAAUACCGGCCCUUUUGUAAUGCGAUCUACGUGCCGACGGUGUGGCGGUCGGGGUUCCAUCAUAACAACGCCGUGUGUAGUAUGUCGAGGAACGGGGCAAACCAAACAGAAGAAGACAGUGAUGGUUCCUGUGCCAGCUGGCGUUGAGGAUGGGCAGACGGUUCGGAUGCCUGUGGGGAAGAAAGAAAUUUUCAUUACGUUCAGGGUUCAAAAAAGUUCUGUGUUCAGAAGAAAUGGAGCAGAUAUCCAUUCGGAUCUCCUUAUUUCAAUAGCACAGGCUGUUCUGGGAGGCACAGCCAGAUGUCAAGGCUUGUAUGAGACAAUCAAUAUCGCAAUACCUCCCGGUAUUCAGCCAGACCAGAGAAUUCGAAUGAGUGGGAAGGGCAUUCCCAAAGUAAACAGCUAUGGCUACGGAGACCACUACAUUCAUAUAAAGAUAAAAGUUCCUCAGAGGCUGACGGAUCGCCAGAGAGCCUUAAUGAUGAGCUAUGCUGAGGAUGAGACAGACGUGGACGGCACGGUGAACGGAGUCACAAAUACAGCAUCAGGUGGCAGGGCCACGGCUAGCACUGACGCAGGCGGGGAUAGGCCUGAGGCUGAGGAGAACAAGGAGGGAUUCCUUUCCAAACUUAAGAAAAUAUUUAGCUCCUGACACCCCAUCCGAGGGAAGCGUUCUGCUGGAAACUAAGACCCAGCAGCAGCAGACCAUCUUUGCAGUUGGGGAUGAAUCUUUCUGGCAGCAGGCUCUGGAGAGCGAAGGAUGUCAGUCAGCAGCACAGUGAGAACCCCAGCUGGAGAGGCUACAAACCACUGAGACACCAACAGUCGUCAUCGUACAAAACCACCAACCGUCCUAGGAAAUGGUAAUGAAGGAAAAUGCCAGCUUUGCAGAAAUGUGGCUCUCUUAAGGUUGCUCCACAGUCCCUACUGCUGCUGGAAGCUUCUUUGGUAAAAAUUAAAGUUGAAACGUUAUUUAGAACCUAAAACAGUGGAAAUGUGAAAUAAAAUUUGCCCUUUCAGCAGAGAGUGGAGCAGUUUGCUGUAUGAAGUCCAAGAUGGCUGCUGCUCACUCAGGUGCCCUUCUGAAUGCUAGAUAUGCUUGGUGAACUCAGCACUGCUUAUUUUCUCCUAGGAGUGUGUGGGUCAGUGAGUUUUAACCCUGUCUUCAUGCCAGCCCUCCUGGCUGUCCUGCACAGCUUAGAGUGGGAAGCCUCCCUGGGGCUGGGGCUCGUUAGAGCUCAGCUGUCCUGCCUUCCUGGGCAGCCAUGGGGUUUCCUGCACAAAGAGCAGUGAUGGAAUCUGCACUUUGCCUCAGGUUUCCCUCCCCCCACCAAUAACUAAAGUUACAACACCAACGCUGUCGCUCGUGAAUGGGUAAGAGUUUAUCACCAAGCCCUUUGUCCUAAACUGGCAAAGUCUUUUAUUACAUUAGUGUAAUACCUGUAGCAUAAGUGAUUGGUCAAACAGUCAUUGUUCUCUACAUGUGCAAGAAUACAAGUGAAGUGGAUCACUCCUUCCACAUGGAGUUGAGCUCUUGCAGUGCAUAUUUUCAUGGUUACUGUUGCCUGCUGUUAUACCAUGCAGGUACCAUCAGCCCCUGUACUAAUCAACCAGUUAAACGAGGACAGGGUGUAGUCUUGCCCUUCUUAAUUUGCUGAAAUAAAGCACGUGUUGCUGCCUGAUUGAACUGUCUGUAAAGUGAUUCUGUAUCCAUGUAAAUAAUAUGGACUUCAUAAAAAUAUUUAACAUGU